CACUGGUAUAAGCUGUAGAUUGGUUGCUGGAAAAGAGUGAAAGCGUAAGUACACUAGGGACCCAGGAAUGGUUGUAGGCACACUUGCACGUCGGCCGUCACAGUGUUGAUAUACCGUUGGAGCUGCUUUGUCCCGCCAAUAGGCUACUAGAACUAGACUUGAGACAUCAGCACCUAGAGGUGGAAAAACCGACAAGGCUACUCUCAAAGAUAAGUAAUUUGACAUUUCUUGUUGACUUUUCUUGAGUGGAACGCCCUGAUGAUGAUAAAGGAUGGAUUAUUCUCCAAUAAGUAAAAAGUUAUACCGGCAUUUUGACAGUUCUUGAAUAUUAAAGGAUGGAUUAUUCUCCAACGGUAAUCGACUACGGAGAAGAGCGAGAGGAACUGCAACGCCAGGUUUAUGCGUUAUGUGAAGAGCUGGGAAUCGAUUUCGCUUUCGAAAAGGCGCUCGUUUUCGUCGUGGAGAUCGGCUUGCAAAGUCCGCUUCCGCCACGAUUAAGGCUACAAGAAGUCCAUCUUUAAAGGCAUCUUGGUCCCGUUUUUAAAGGCAAAAGGGGGCCAAGGAUGCUCCUGAAGAUGGAUUUCUCUUAGUUCUAACACAAUGGUCCUCUCAUGUUGCCGACGACAGCGGUCAAGUCUACUACGUUAUGCUCCGAGAUCAUCUUUUCCCUCUUGUGAUAUCAGGAGGCCACGCGUUGCUUAUAUAAUUCUUUCACCCACAAUCUCAGGAGACUGCUGGGUCGAUGUAGAUCCAAUUUUGUCUUAGGCGAGACGCAUUUCAGAGUUGUCUCACAUUACAGCAAGCACGAGCAUCGCUUUCUUGGAGUCACAUAUUGUUAGCCAAACGAGUAUGGAGUAUCGAUAAGUUUCCUAGUGGGUUCUUUCAUGUUUCUUUUACAUUCUUCACAGUUCUCUCUCCACCCGCCCUUAUUUUCCAGUUGCUAGGGGAGGGAGGGCUUCAUAUAGUAUGAAGAUAUUGGCUCCUGAGUCAUGCUCGUGUUGAUGUCUACCACUAGUAGUUGUUGUCGUCAUUCGCUUUCAGUAUGCUGGUGAGUCCUCAUGAUGAUAUCUACCACCAGUUGUAGUGUCUACCACUAGUUGCCGUCAUCCGCUUUCAUAGACGUGGACAACGACACGCAGACGUCUCAGUGGGAGUCUCCUCUUUUGCCGUAUAUCAAACAAGUGGUCGACAUUGGACGUCUCUACAUGGAGAAUCCCUAUCAACACGUCAUCAACGAGCAGGUAGUAAAUAGUUGUUGAUCAAUGUCUGCGGUACUAGUAGGUGCUUGUAGAAAUAAGAUAUCUGCAGCUGCAAGAAUACUUGAGCCAAGAAACCGGAGAUGAGCUUUUAUAGAGUAGAACCAAUCGAGGAGAUGCGCCUUUAUUGAGGAGAUGAGCUUUUAUAGAGUAGUCGUAGGCCCAAUCCGAAUCGACUAAGAUCAUCACCCUCAUAGGGUAGAACUAAAAAAUGGAUAGAAAUCGAGUCGUCUCCCGAUGAUCGUAUAAUUCGGUGAAAAGGUGAACCCUUGAAGGAUUUCCUAGCACAUAAAGUAAAUUAGCCGGCUAAUUUCCGUCGAUGAAUUAGUCUAGCAUACCAGGUUGAUGCUGGGUCGAGUGUAGUCCUUAACCCUUUUCCUCGAUGUUUCGAGUGCAGUCCGCAACUAAGUAAUCAUUUUAGGUUAAUGGCUUAUGGCAGCAAUUCCGGGAUAGCCUAUGCGAGUGGCACGGACCCUACGUUAGCGAUGGACGACAGUACUUUGUGAAUCAGAAUAGGGGAAUAUCAAGUUUAUGGUUUGUUGUGUAGCGAAUGAUUUUGUCAAUGUACCGAGACUAAAAAGAACUGAAUGUUCUUUGUGUCGUCUGUACUUACUUAUUUGUUACAUCAAAACGGACAGCAGCCCUGCAGGCACGACUGCUGUGACACGGUCGAGAAAUGUAUAAUUUGUGGCCGAAUGUACGGCCUUAUGCGCCCCCAGUAUGUAACUUGGAUGACAAUAGUUGAACAUGUUAGUUGAUUGUUUGAAAGGGCGGCUGCAUAUAGUCCUAACGCAAAAAAAAGAGAAAUGCCCGCAUGAGGGGCAAUUAAAUGGAACUAUAGCGGGAAAUUGUAGACCCAGGUCCCAAAAAGAAAUAAAAAGCCGACGUCGCCGACUGAAUGAAUGAAUGAGUGGCGAUGAUCAUAGUUGACAAGAUUGAUCUAUUUUGAGUGCACCUGGCCUGUUUCUAAACAUGCACCCUCAUGAUCAUUCAUGAAGACACUUUACUCCAGAUUCUACUUUCCAUCGUCUUACUCCCUUCAUCCAAUUUUUUACACAGUCCUCGUCCCUGCUUCAUAGUCCUGGGAGGAUCCCCGUGUAGAAGCGCAGUAUUUGUGCGAGCUCCAGUCUGCAUUGAUACAGAAGUUGCAGAGCGCAAUUCCACCGCAAGAAGUCGAUAGCUACCGUAGGCUUAUGGCACCGCCAAUUGCUAGUUGAAAGUAGUAAAUUUGACCAGCACGACCCUUGCGCAUCCUUAACGCGCAUCCUUCAAGAGCACUUCUUUCAACAGCUUCGUGGCUGUUUAAUGAUUGAUGUCGUAUCUUGACUCUGAGAACCACGCUGUGACUUUUCCUGGAGGGGAAAGCGUGCUCAGACGAAGAUGAUCUGCCUAAAAGAUUGGAAAAUGCAUAGUCUUUGCAUACUCAUUUAAGGGAUAAUAUUCUUGAUAGAGAGAUGGGUAAGAACCUGGUAGCAGCUGCUCGCAUUUUCUAUCUAAUAGACCGGGAUCUGCCGGGUUCGGUGGCGGAGCCGAUGCGGAGGAAGCGAGACCACAGACGCCAGACUUUGCCGCUUGGCAGGUUGAGGCCAGUCCUAGGUAUGAAGAAGAGACUGGCGCAGUGCGGUCCCCACGGGAUCCAUUGAACACGUCGGCGCCCGCACCGAAAAUGGCGGACAACAACAGUCUAAAGCAGUUGCGCGCCGCAUUGGCCAAUAAACUGAGCAACAUCGACUUCAAGGGCGAAGCAGAAAAAGAACGGGUAAUAAAUAGAUCUAAAGUGUUGAAAUUAUGGACAUAUAUCGUCUCCCCGAUAGCCUAGUAUGGUCGUUUGGGACGCAAAAUGAUGACAAAUCUUCGCGAGGGUAGAAAUCUUCCUUAUGCUCUAGCUGAAUAGAUUCACAAGCAAUGGAGUUAGACUAACUUCUUGCGUUGUUGACGAUGUUCUCUGAGAAGUAGAAAUAGGGUGGUAAUGAUAAUCAUCUCUUUGGUACGAGUCCUAUUUCUAUUGUUAAUGCAUUUAGGUGAAGAUGGCGAAAACGUUCACCGAUGGCAUACAUUUGGUUUACGAUUUGCUGGAAGAAGAGCGGGAGAUGCAAAUGCUACAGAUGGAGCGCAGGAAGCAGCAAUUGAUCGUGCAAGAAAUUAAGGCUAAGACAGAUAGUACUUUGGAAAUUAAUUUACUUGAUUGUACAAUGUACUAAGUCAUUUCCAAAAUAGAUGGCCAUUUUCGUCGGUGUCGGUUUUGUAUCCGGGAUUCAUUCGGAAGGAAGCAAGUUUGUUAAGAAGUUGAUUUCUUUGAGAGAGCUCUAAAGAGAGGCCGCGAAAGCCGCCCGACAGUCCGAAGAGCAGUCGGGGUCCGGCACCGGAGAGUCCUAAGGGUGGGCCUGGUAGUCCGAAAGGUUUCUUUUCAGUCGUGGAAAAGUCACCACCCAAGUCUGGCGACAGUCGAAAGAAAAAAUCCGAUUCUUCGGCAUCAACAACUAAAAAAGGUAAAGAAGCCGUGAAGGGCAAGAGUUCAUGAAGGUUCUCUGGGUGAAUCUUUUUGUUCGAAAC